UAGAGCAUCACACUCACACAGCGCUCCAGACAAGCUCCCCAUACUGACUGCCACAGUCGCCACAUCGAGCCCUAUAAAUCUAAUCCGCGACCUCAUUUAUGCAACUCCCCAUCAUUUGCUCCAUCUCACAAGAAUAUUUUCCUGUGCAAUCUCGUGCUAGCUGCUGGUGUUUCUUUCAGACAUGGCUAACGGCAUCCUUCUGACAAGGGCGCCGGCAGCACUAACGGUGGCGUUCCUGCUGCUCCUCGGAACAGUCGGCGUCUCCGUGAACGGUCAGCUCCAGUUCGGGUACUACUCCGAUGAGUGCCCUGGCGCCGAGGAUAUCGUCACCGCCGUCGUCCAGCAGGCCGCUGCCUCCGACGCCACCAUCCUCCCCGCACUCGUGCGCCUCCAGUUCCACGACUGCUUCGUUAGGGGCUGCGACGCGUCGGUGCUGAUCACGAGCACGGGCAGCGCUGCGGAGGUGAACAACAACAAGCACCAGGGCCUCCGCGGCCAAGACGUCAUCGAAGCCGCCAAGGCGGCGAUCGAGGAUCAGUGCCCCGGCGUCGUCUCCUGCGCCGACAUCAUCGCCCUCGCCUCCCGGGACGCCAUUGCCAUGACGAACGGGCCGUCGUUCCAGGUGCCGACGGGGCGGCGGGACGGGCUGUCGUCGAACCUCCGCGACGCCGACGUGCUGCCGGACGUCAGCGACUCCAUCCAGGUGCUCCGCAACAAGUUCGCCGCCAGUGGCCUCAACGACCGCGACCUUGUCCUCCUCACAGCGGCGCACACCAUCGGCACGACGGCGUGCUUCUUCGUCAAGGACCGGCUGUACGGCUACCGCGGCGGCGCGGGGUCGGACCCGUCGAUCCCGGCGCCGUUCCUGUCGGAGCUCAAGUCCCGGUGCGCGCCUGGCGACUUCAACACGCGCCUGCCGCUGGACCGCGGCAGCGAGUUCAGCUUCGACGACAACAUCUACCGCAACAUCCGGGCCGGCCUCGUCCCCAUCGCCUCCGACGCGGCGCUCGACGCCAGCAACGCCACCGCCGGGCUCGUCGCGUCCUACCUCGGCGCCGCGGCACCCAGCUUCGCGCAGGACUUCGUGGGCGCCAUGGUCAAGAUGGGCACCAUCGGCGCCAUCACCGGCGACGCCGGCGAGGUCAGGGACGUCUGCUGGUCCUUCAACGCCAACUGAUCGACCGACCGACCGACCAAAGCUCGCGUCAAAAUUGUUGCAACUGUACAUUUUCUUGGGGAAACGUGAAUUCGUUCAUGUAAAUUGGCAAUGUCAAGAUAUAUAUACAAUAUAUACUCCGAUACUGAUAUGCAUUAUCGGGAUAGUGUUGGGAUUACGGUUGCGUUUUUGUUGCAUUGAUGUAUGAUCGAGUUGUUAACAACUUGUUUGAUUCAUAGUGGCAAGAACAUGCAGCAAUUAAUGGGUCAGAAAAAGAACUUGCAGAAAAGAAGACAGCCGGUAGGAGUACGUAAUCUGGAUUAAGUUGUCCUACUAAUGUGUUGGUAUGAGCUGUCUAAUUAAUGUUCCCAAAGAAAA